AUGGCUCUGCACGGCGACAUUGCGCUCUUGACGCGCGCGCAGGACACAGAGGCCGCAGUGCAGCAGCUCAAGCGACAGCACCCGCAAGCGGCAAACGUGACGGCUCUGUCUGUAGCCACCGACUCGGACAUUGCGCGCACGAUCGCCAGCGCGUCGAUCGCGACGCAGCAGACGUUUGACGCGGUCGUGUGCUAUAACGACGCGAUCGAGCAGCUAAGUACGGACUUAAGUGCGGUUUUGCCGCUCCUGAAGGCGGACGGUGUGCUGGAGCUGCACGUGGCCAACGUGAGCGCAGACGACGACGAGAAGAAGAACGCGGUUUUGAUGGCGCUGAUGAUUGGCGGCUUUGUCGACACGUCGUUUGGCUCGUCGGCCGCCAGUCGUGUGGUGUACCCCGAGUUGGCCACGGCGGUCUGCUGCGUCGCUACGAAACAGUCGCUGGAGAGCGCUGUGAUGCCACUGGAGAAGAAGGAGACGCUGCCGACGACGGAGGCGGCACGUGCGCCAGCGAUCAGGAAGUGGACCGUGUUGGCCGAUGAUUUCGAGCACGACCAGGAGGACGAUAUGGUGGACGAAGACACGUUGCUCGACGAUACGGAGGAGGUGCUGCAAGCGGCGAAGGCCGAGUGCGGGGAGGUCGGAGGCACAAAGAAGCGCGCGUGCAAGAACUGCACUUGCGGACUUAAAGAUGGCGAAGACAAGCCAGUCAUGUCGGAGAAGGAUCUGAACCAGCUCGUGUCUGGAUGUGGAAACUGCUUCAAGGGAGAUGCUUUCCGAUGCGGUAGCUGUCCGUUUCUGGGCAAGCCUGCGUUCAAACCCGGCAUGGAGAAGGUCUUGCUGAACCUCGACGACGCAGACGAUAUAUAA